UUUUUAUUCCUAACAGAUUUCUUGCGACAAGGAAACCGGCAGUCUUCCGCUUCCGGUUGCCCUGUUGCCGUGGUAACCGCACGCGUAACAGCCGUGGCGGUUAUGGCCGGCCUGAGCGGCGCGCAGAUCCCCGACGGGGAGUUCACCGCGGUGGUGUACCGGCUCAUCCGCGAUGCGCGCUACGCCGAGGCGGUGCAGCUGCUGGGCCGAGAGCCGCAGCGGAGCCCUAGGACACGCGCAGGCCUGUCGCUGCUAGGCUACUGCUACUACCGCCUGCAGGAGUUCGCGCUGGCGGCCGAGUGCUAUGAGCAGCUGGGCCAGCUGCACCCGGAACUGGAGCAGUACCGCCUGUACCAGGCCCAGGCCCUGUACAAGGCCUGCCUUUAUCCGGAGGCCACCCGGGUCGCCUUCCUUCUCCUGGAUAACCCCGCCUACCACAACCGGGUCCUCCGCCUGCAAGCUGCCAUCAAGUACAGCGAGGGCGAUCUGCCAGGGUCCAGGAGCCUGGUGGAGCAGCUGCUGAGUGGGGAAGAGGGAGAAGAAAGUGGGGGCGAGAAUGAGACCGAUGGCCAGGUCAGCCUGGGUUGUUUGCUGUACAGGGAGGGACAGUAUGAAGCUGCAUGCUCCAAGUUUUUUGCCGCCCUGCAGGCCUCGGGCUACCAGCCUGACCUUUCCUACAACCUGGCUUUGGCCUAUUACAGCAGCCGACAGUAUGCCUCAGCCCUGAAGCAUAUCGCUGAGAUUAUUGAGCGUGGCAUCCGACAGCACCCUGAGCUAGGUGUGGGCAUGACCACUGAGGGCAUUGAUGUUCGCAGUGUUGGCAACACCUUAGUCCUCCACCAGACUGCUCUGGUGGAAGCCUUCAACCUUAAGGCAGCCAUAGAAUACCAACUGAGAAACUAUGAGGCAGCUCAAGAAGCCCUCACUGACAUGCCACCCAGGGCAGAGGAAGAGUUGGACCCUGUGACCCUACACAACCAGGCACUAAUGAACAUGGAUGCCAGGCCUACAGAAGGGUUUGAAAAGCUACAGUUUUUGCUCCAACAGAAUCCCUUUCCUCCAGAGACUUUUGGCAACCUGUUGCUGCUCUACUGUAAAUAUGAGUAUUUUGACCUGGCAGCAGAUGUCCUGGCAGAAAAUGCCCAUUUGAUUUAUAAGUUCCUCACACCCUAUCUCUAUGACUUCUUGGAUGCCGUGAUCACUUGCCAGACAGCUCCUGAAGAGGCUUUCAUUAAGCUUGAUGGGCUAGCAGGGAUGCUGACUGAGGUCCUCCGGAAACUCACCAUACAAGUACAGGAAGCAAGACACAAUAGAGAUGAUGAAGCUAUCAAAAAGGCAGUGAAUGAAUAUGAUGAAACCAUGGAGAAGUAUAUUCCCGUGUUGAUGGCUCAGGCAAAAAUCUACUGGAACCUUGAAAAUUAUCCAAUGGUGGAAAAGAUCUUCCGCAAAUCUGUGGAAUUCUGUAACGACCAUGAUGUGUGGAAGUUGAAUGUGGCUCAUGUUCUGUUCAUGCAAGAAAACAAAUACAAAGAAGCCAUUGGUUUCUAUGAACCCAUAGUCAAGAAGCAUUAUGAUAACAUCCUGAAUGUCAGUGCUAUUGUACUGGCUAAUCUCUGUGUUUCCUAUGUUAUGACAAGUCAAAAUGAAGAAGCAGAGGAGUUGAUGAGGAAGAUUGAAAAGGAGGAAGAGCAGCUCUCUUAUGAUGACCCAAAUAGGAAAAUGUACCAUCUCUGCAUUGUGAAUUUGGUGAUAGGAACUCUUUAUUGUGCCAAAGGAAACUAUGAGUUUGGUAUUUCUCGAGUUAUCAAAAGCUUGGAGCCUUAUAAUAAAAAGCUGGUAACAGAUACCUGGUAUUAUGCCAAAAGAUGCUUCCUGUCCUUGUUAGAAAACAUGUCAAAACACGUGAUAGUCAUUCAUGACAGUGUUAUUCAAGAAUGUGUCCAGUUUCUAGGACACUGUGAACUUCAUGGCAGAAACAUACCUGCUGUUAUUGAACAACCCCUGGAAGAAGAGAGAAUGCAUGUUGGAAAGAAUACAGUCACAUAUGAGUCUAGGCAGUUAAAAGCUUUGAUUUAUGAGAUUAUAGGAUGGAAUAUAUAGUAAUAGCUGAUAAUGGCAUUUAUCAAAUGGUUUUGUUCUAUAAAUUUGCAUUGCUUUAUUUUAACCUUUGGCAUCUUUAUAUUUGUUACAUGUUGAACUUUGUACACUACGCAGUAUAAAAAUAUAAGUAGCUAAAACUUUUGGUGUUACAUUUCCCAGAAAGUGAAACAUUCUAAGAACUUUUACCCCAGGGGUUAUGAAAAAUUUCAAACUUAUGAAGAAUGUUUCUAUCAGAAGUUGUAAUACCUUUGUUUCCUUUCCUCUGUAACCUUGUGCUCUGAUCUCUCUUCAGGGGCCUUUGCACAAGGAUUACCUCAUUCAGGGACCAAGCACUAUCUCAGUAAUAGUUAAGAGUAGUCUUUAAAUAAUCAUUUCAGGGAUUUGUGUUCUAGUCUCACAAUUUACACUCAUUAAUUUGUAAUACAUACUUUUUAUGUAGAUUUUAGGAUAUUUUGGUAGUGUUUUUUAAUAUGGAUAUAAUGCUUUAUCUAACCAAAAUUCCUUAGGUUAUAAGUGUUUUUUUUUUUUUUUUUUUUAAUGGGCAAAAGUCAGUAAAAAAUUUUGGUGAUAUUUUAAUAUGGUGAUAGUAAAAAAUAAAAUUAUGGUGCUAUAAUGUAGACACGAUGAACAAUUAUCAAAGAACCAAUUUCCCUGGUUUUCUUUUGUUCCCUUUAAUAAUUUAAAUAUAUGAACAAGAUACGCUGUUACUAUUUUCCAUGAUAACUUUUUAUUUAUCUCUGUGACAAAUAACAGAUGUAUCCUGAGAACUCAGGGGUUUAAGAGACAGAGGUUUUGUUAUGUUUGUUGCCCAGGUUAGUAUCCAACUCCUAGGCUUAAGCAUACUCCCACUUCAGCUUCCCAAGUAGCUGGGAUUUACUGGUGCAAAUCACUGGGUCCAGCUCUCAGUUCUUAAUUCCUACCUUUGUGCUUGCAAUUUAGGAUAUGCUGGGUGUACAGUGUUUCCAUGUUGUAGUCUCUUGGAUAAGGAAAAAUCUUGGCCACCAGGCCUAGCCAAAAAGGUCAAUUCUAAGUUGUAGUGUUCAUUUCAUGUCCAGAACUCCCAAGAGUUUUUUAGAGUUCCCACUGGGAACCACAUGCAUUCUGAUCAGGCAUUUUAUUUUCUGAACCUUAAAAGAGCUUUACUAUUUGAUUUCCCACUCCUCACUCCUCUCUUUCCACAAAAAGUAACUGUCAACCUCACUUGAUCCGGCUUAGAAAAAUCAAGUGUAUUAGAUUGAAUCAUAUGAAGUUGUUGAUUUUGACAGUUUUUGACUUACAAAACUAGCAGUUUCUCAUAGCUCAACCUAGUAGCUUUCUUCUGAAUGAUAGGGAACCUCUGCCAUAAUGAGAUGAUUUUUUUCCUUCAAGGAAAAGGAACCACUUAGCCACAUAGGUACUGAUAAAAACAUGCUCAGCAUAAUUCCUUUGUAGCAUGACCUCAAAUUGUGCUCAAAUUGUAUUAUACCAGGAAAUUUGGCUUUUUGUGAAGUUCAGUGGUUUUGAAUUUAUGGCAUUUUAAAUCUUAAUUAUCUGAGCUGCUAUCAUUUACCACUGAUGCUUUAGUGUCACAUGUGGAGGACAAGCAAUGUGUACUGACCUCUUCACUGCAUCCCAUAGCACAUUCAAUGUUUGGGAAAUGUUCUUUGUUUAACAACUUCUGUACUAAAAGUGUUGCUGCAGUAGCUUUGUGCCCGUGUCAAUCUUGGUAGCCCCUUAAGAUUUGGAAAGUAAAUGAACUGAAAUCUUGUUUUCAAUGGCCGUAUUAAAAUUCUGUUUUCUUCCUGUUUCUUCUAAA